AUGGGUUUGUCUUUCUCCAAGUUGUUUGCCAACCUUUUUGGUAACAAGGAAAUGAGAAUCUUGAUGGUCGGCUUGGACGCCGCUGGUAAGACCACCAUCUUGUACAAGUUGAAGCUUGGUGAGAUUGUGACCACCAUUCCUACUAUUGGUUUCAACGUCGAGACCGUUGAGUACAAGAACAUUUCCUUCACCGUUUGGGAUGUCGGUGGACAAGACAAGAUCAGACCAUUGUGGAGAUACUACUUCCAGAACACACAAGGUAUCAUUUUCGUUGUGGACUCCAAUGACAGAGACCGUAUUGCCGAGGCCAGAGAAGAGUUGCAACAGAUGCUCAACGAGGACGAAUUGAGAGACGCCUUGUUGCUUGUGUUUGCCAACAAGCAAGAUUUGCCAAACGCCAUGAACGCUGCGGAGAUCACCGAGAAGUUGGGCUUGCAUUCUAUCAGACAAAGACCUUGGUACAUCCAGUCUACUUGCGCCACCACCGGUGACGGUUUGUACGAAGGUUUGGAAUGGUUGUCCACCAACUUGAAAAACUCUGCUUAG